AUGAAACCGAUUAUCCUCUACUCCCAUCCAAUCGGACCCAAUCCAUGGAAGGUUGCAAUUGUUCUCUCAUCCCUUGAUAUUCCUUACGAGACUAUCUUUGUCGACUUCAAGGACGUCAAGCUUCCACCAUAUAUCGAUCUCAACCCAAACGGCCGCCUUCCUGCCAUCGUCGAUCCCAACAAUGAUAUUCAACUUUGGGAGUCCGGAGCAAUCGUCCACUACCUCAUCGAAACAUAUGACCUGAGUCACCAGAUCAGCUACGAUAGUUUUCCCGAGCGGUUCCUUUCCCAGCAAUGGCUUCACUUCCAGGUAUCUGGUCAAGGUCCAUACUAUGGCCAACUGGGCUGGUUCGCUCGCCAAACCCAGAAUCAACAUGUGGCCAUUGAGCGUUAUUCCAAUGAGGUCCGCAGGGUUACCGGCGUUUUGGACAAAGCUCUUUCCGGUCGACAGUGGCUAGUGGGAAACAAAUGUACUUUUGCGGACCUGGCUUUCGUACCGUGGCAGAAUAUGAUCGGCAUGAUUCUUCAAGACAAAAAUGCUGAAGGGGAAUUUGCACGCUCCUUCCCUAAUGUACAGGCAUGGAUGGAACGUAUGAAACAAAGGCCAGCAGUGAUCAAGGUUCUGCAAGACAAGGAAAAUGCGAUGGCUGAGAUGAUGCAAAAUCAGUAG